AUGGAGAGCCCCCAAACCGAUAUACACCCUGCUAUGCCCAACGACCGAUCCCCCACACUUGGGUUCUGUCCUACUUCGGUAACAGGAUCUGAUGAAAGUGAGCUUAGCUUGGACGACUCUGGCCCUUUGACUCCUGCACAUGACCUUGAUUUAUCCAACGGCCAUGAAGGGGCUCGCACCAUCAAACCAUAUGCCAUAGAGGAGCCUGAAGAUGACGAUGAGUCCGAAACACCGACACGAAAUUUACUUCGCCUUCCAGAUCAAUUUGAGCGCUGGCAACGCGACUUAUCAGAAUAUAUGAACGAUCUGAACUACGAAGCCGAUGGGCAGUAUGCUGCGCCUCAAGCCGCUCGAAAACAGGGACACAAGCGGAAGUUCACACACGCAGCCAGACAAAAGCGCAAUUCCUUCGGUCCAAACUCUCCAGAUACUCGGCCAGUUAACGAGGAGAGCUCAAAAAAGCGACGGAGUAACGCCAAUUCUCCUAUUACGGAUUCGUUCCAUGCCUUCCGCGAAUCCAAUGCGGACGAGAGCUCAUGCUCGGAGCCGCGUUCUGCUGAUUGCAGUGGCAUAGACACUGAGAACAACUCGCCUGGUGUGGAUUAUAUGGACAUUGACUGA